UUUUGGGAUUUAAGUAAGUUGUUGAGUUACGGUUAAUAUAUAUUUUUAAUGUAUUUACAAGUUUCACGUUCAUUGACAAGGACAAAACCACUACAAAGCUAAAAACAGCUGGAGACGUCUGUUAGYCCAGUAGUUAUUAGUGCGCAUGCGUCAAAUCCUUCACACACUUUCUUAAAUAACUCCUGCUUGUUUUGCCUUCUGUYAUUUUUCUCCCGGAGGAGACCCCUUUUAUGCCAGGAUGGAAGUGGCUCAGUCUAGCUCUCAGAUCCUCUCGAAGCCCCACAGGAGGAGAGGGACGCCUCUGCCCCUGAGCCAGCUGGUGGAGGAGAGCCGGAGCAGAACCAGCAUCCCCAAUCACCUGCUGGACUCAAAAAUCUAUGCCAAAUUGAAAAGCAACAGGGAAAUCGAAGCAGAACCUUCAGAGCUUCACUUCAGCGGGUUUGAGGUUGGGAAGAGUUACGUAAAGGUCCUGAAACUAAUCAACAUCUCAUCCGAAGUYAUGAAUAUUCACAUCAUUCCCACCCAAACGAGACACUUCCACACGACUUACACCAAAAAGAGCCGACUCAUCCCGGGCCUCGACCACGCCCUGAAGGUCACGUUCUGUCCCGAYGAGUGGCGCUACUUCUACGACUGCGUCCGUGUUCACUGCAAGGACGAGGACAACCUGUUAAUUCCAGUUCAUGCUUACCCUGCCAUCGACGACCUGCACAUCCCUCCUCGUAUUGACCUGCCGGCCGUCCCGCUUGGACACAGCGUUUGCCACGCCAUUCCUCUGAGGUGCAGCUGUCCAAUCGACUUUGAGUUUCAGGUGUUUGUUAUUCAGCAACACGAGGCCUUCUCCAUCCACCCUCUCGCAGGUGUGAUUCCUGCGAGCGGAGAAGUGAARAUGUCAGUGACCUUUAAGCCCCAGAGUUAUGAGACGUCUCAGUUCACCUUCCAGCUGGUGGUUUCACAGUUCAACACCAGGCCGUACCUGUGCACUGUCACCGGCAGCUCAGCGCCUCACCUGACCCUCAGUGACUUUCAGCUGAAAGAGGAACCAGCAGAAAACAAGAGACCCCCGCCUGCCGCCAAACCACCUCCUCAACAUAAGAGACAGAGCUCGAGCAAAGACGCUGACAAGCUACAGAGAGAUCGGGGCGAUGUUAAACACAGAGUGACUCCUUCAGUGGACGUCUGCACUCCUGCCGGGGUGGCUAAGAUGCUCAUCAAAGACGUCAAUAAACUCACUUCAAAAGACCUCAGACAAGCCUUAUGGAGCGUGAGCACCGGAGAGCAGAGCAGGCAGAUCAAAGAGGCACUCUUCAUCAAAAAGCUCAGACAGUCUGAGAGGGAGGAACAAGCCAACUGCCUCAAAAGGAAGGUUCACCUUGGCAUGGACCCCAUGUCUGAACAAACCCGGCGGCAGAUAUUGGAGGCUCGGCAUGAAAACACGGUCAGAAGAGAAGAUGUGAACCAGGAUGAAGACUUCUCUGGACCAACUAAACUCUCCUCUACACGAGUGAUUCGAGAUGCAGGACAGACCCCUGUAGGAGCACCGUCCUUUCAAUUCUACACCAGUAUUCCGUGGGAGCUGAAACAAAGAMCCAUCAGACUGUUUCAGCAGGCAUCUCGCAAGGUGGUGAUCAGGUGUCGCAUGAACCGGAGACUGGCCUCUUUAAAGAAACUAGCAAGCAACUUGAAGAACCCACCUUCAGUGCCGAAAGUUCAGGAAAAGAAAAUGUCCAAAUUUAAAAUUUCUCCAGCCCAAGUGUUUCCAUCAUCUUUUCCCAUCUUUCCUGUGGAGGAGGAAGAGGAGGAUGAUCCUUCGACUCUCAGGAAUUUGGCUGAAGUGCCUGCGGACCCCAUCAAUGUGACUGUGACAACACAKAUCCCUUUCUUCAAGCUUCAAGUUCCUCAGCACUAUGAGCUUAUGAGGUACCGACCCGUUUCAGCCUGGGAGGCGUUCAACAACUACACUCCGACAACUCUGGCCAGGCCUCUUCGCACCGGAGCUUCAGAGGAGCUGCAGCCUGUCGUCUCAAAGGCCGAAGAGCCAAGAAUAAUGGAGCUGAAAGCAGAGGAUGAAGAGGAGUGUGAGGAGCUGAAGGACACUGCUGAGUCCUCCAUCAGAGCUCCUGAGGCUUUGCUCAGACCGGUCCCUGCAAACCCUCUCAGUAUCUUUAACCCGACACCAGGCCUUAAAACCUACAAACCAAAACCUAAAUAUCUGAAGAGCAACUUGGAGUUCAACCCUGUGUCCAGGUAUGAUGUCCCUGAAAGCAACACACAUGGCCCCACAACACAAAGCGCACACACUGGGCUGUUUCUUGAUCAGAAGGAAGUGAUCGGCGGGGUCACGAAAUGGAGUUUGGAUUCCAGCUCUGUAAUUUGUGAGUCCGAGCGGCUCGUCUGCGACUCAGCUCCACACAGGUUUGUCAGUUACAACGCAGACGUGCUUCCACUCGAGGCUCCGCCUCCUCUCGCCGACCUUCCACCUCCAGCAGAGAACCCGUGCCCGGGAGUCCAGCUUUCACCGGAGACGAUCGCGUCCGAGCUCGGGCCUCCAACAGCAGCCUCGCAGCAGGAGCUCCGGGCAGACACCACCGGGACCACCAGCUGGAGGCAACCCGCAGGUCUGACAUCAGCCAGAUGGGAAGAAGAGCGAUGGCCCAACUGAAGCAGCUCGAAGUGGCCGACAGAACUUUAGGAGUGGGCAGAACUGGGCAGAAAGAAGAGCCGGGACAGCCCACGCAGCAGUUAGCACACAGCAGUCGGCCCACUCGACUUUUUUCUGCUCCUGGAAAAUUAAACCUAGUUAGUUUCUCGCCCACCUGUAAGCCUCCUUUAAGCUCCUCUCCACAGACUCAGAGAUGUGCUCUCCCUCCACCCACCUGAUUCAGAUCUGUUAAAAGUGCAGCUCUCUUCUAACGAGCUGCAUCAACUGUAAUACUUUUUGUUUGUUUUGUUUUAUCAAGAAAGCAAAGUAGGUCCA